AUGAACACACCAACUAUUAAAAGUUUACUACAAUCAGUGUAUAUUAGACAAGUUAUCUUUUAUUGGGUAGGAGAGGUAUCAAAUAUAACAAAAUGUCAAGACGAUUAUAUUGUGGUUAAACCAUUAAAAGGAAGAGAUAUAGUCAAUAUACCUCAUCUUGGUAUGAUAACACAGUAUGCAAUGCCAUGGAACUUUAUCAAACAUUAUCUGCCACCCAAUAACAAAGAUAAUAGUAGUAGUAGUAAUAUACUAUUUGAAAGAAGAAUGGAUGCUAUUACUGGUUACUGUGCACAUCGUAAUGCAACAUUGAAUAUAAUAUAA